GAGAGAGAUUGCCAAUCUUGGCAUUUCAGAGAUGCUCAUUCAAGAGAGCCAAUUUCUGCUAUUAUUAUUAUUAUUGUUGAUCCACAUUCGUCACUCUUACUACUAACGCUCAGCUCAUCCUGGUCUUCUUGUUCUGUUGUCUUCUAAAGCCCUGGAGUGGCCGGGGAGGCCCCACGAUAACUCGCGGGAGCUCCGCAGCCGCCGACGCAAUGAGCCAAGGGGAUCGAUCGAUCAGUCGCAGUCGAGCUAAUACUAAUAAUAAUUCCAUAGUGCUUGCUUUUCAGCCAUAUCAACUCCAGCAGAUUUCCAAUCAGAGUUAAUUUAUACGAAGAAUACCCGCGUCGUCCUUUUUCUCUAUUUCUGGCCGACGAUGUCUCCUCCAUGACGACUCCAGCAAUUAGAAUCCCCUUCACGGGUCCCUUGCCGCCUCCGAUCAUCGUUCCGCGAAGCGCAAGCACAGUAUCGGGGGCUAUCGAUGCGAUCACCUCCUUCUUUACGGCUCCCCCGUCCCCCCUGCUCAGAGGCGUCGACGUUGGGAGAAACGCGCAAACUGUCCUCCUCACUGGCGCUGGGAUAUCGGUGGCCUCUGGCUUAUCAGACUACAGAGGCGAAAACGGCACCUACAUCAGGAAUAAAUCAUACAGACCGACAUACUAUCAUGAGUUCGUGACCAGGCAUGAGGCACGGAAGCGAUAUUGGGCCAGAAGCUUUGUCGGAUGGCCCGGCCUGCUGAGGGCGAAGCCAAACGCUACUCACCGGGCGAUUCGCGAUCUGGGUGAGAAGGGCUACAUCAGCUCUGUCGUGACCCAAAAUGUCGAUUCUUUCCAUUCGAUUGCACAUCCGAACCUACAUACGCUGGAACUCCACGGAUACCUGAGAUCGGUAAUAUGCAUCAGUUGCCGAAGGCAUAUCCCGCGAGAGGAAUACCAGCAGUCGUUGAGAAGGCUCAAUCCAGCCUGGGCGGAGUUCUUGGAUGAGAUAGUCGAGUCUGGGGCUCUGGAUACGGAUAAUCCUGAAGAGCAACGGCGAAGAGGGCUCAAGGUGAACCCCGAUGGCGAUGUUGAUCUUGCACAUGCCCCGUAUUCUAUGUUCCGGUACCCAGCUUGUCCGCACUGUCUGGAAAGUCCACCAUUACUUGCAGAUGGGUCCAAAUCCAGGGUGGACGUUGAGAGUGACGGUGCUUGGUCUCCAGGCUCUACUGCAGGCAUCUUGAAACCUGCAGUCAUUAUGUUCGGCGAGAAUAUAGGCCUCGACGUCAAGAUUGCAGCCGAAGAGGCGAUUGACGAUGCUGGCAGACUGCUAGUAGUCGGUAGUAGCCUUGCGACAUUUUCUGCGUGGAGGUUAGUUGAAAGAGCCUACAAAAGAGGCAUGCCCAUAGGGAUAUUGAACUUGGGCGGCGUCCGCAACGAAACAGUCAUCUUCCCUAGUGACAAAGAGCCAGGACCACACGUACGGUGCAGCCACAGGGCUGAACUGAUACUGCCCGAAGUCGCAUCGCGGCUUGAUCCUCUUAAUUAGAGAGAAUAGAAUAAAAAAUAAAUAGAAAACGACGAUGAUCAUUCAGUUCUUUUUCAGUGUGAUCCAUAGUAAUAAUGACGGUGUUAGAUAGUCUGAUACUGAACCACUUGAGCAGUCCCGGAUAGCGAGGAUAGAUCGCAAGUCCUUGCGAGUAGUAAGUAAGGGCGUCUGGUCCAAAUUUAUCCACAGGAUCGAUCGAUGGAGACUAUUGGAAGAACCUUAAGCGCCGUGCCUAAUAAUUCCGUUGCCGUGUUGUCUUCAAG